AUGAUGUCGGCACAGUUGCAGGAGUCGGGUGCCCCGGCCCAGGAUCCCCAUGCCUCUGGGAAUCCUCCGUCGUCAGCAUCGUCAGCAACAGCAACAGCAACAGCAGCAGCAGCAGCAGCAGCGCCAGCACGGCCGUCGGCCCUGCAGAACAUGGCCGCCUCCGGCAAGAGCCCGUACGUCCAGUCGCAGAGGGACAGCCCGAUCCGAUGGCAGCUGUACGGCCAGGAGGCCAUCGACCGGGCCAAGACCGAGAACAAGCUCAUCUUCCUCCACAUCGGCUACAGCGCCUCCCACUACUGCCACCUCACGAUCCAGGAGUCCUUCUCGAACCCCCACGUCGUCGAGCUCCUGAACGAGAGCUUCGUCCCCGUCAUCGUCGACCGCGACGAGCGGCCCGACCUCGACAGCAUCUACGUACACUACGUCCAGGCCCUCACUAGCGCCGCCGGUCACCCCAUCACCGCCUUCCUGACGCCCGAGCUCGAGCCCGUCUUUGGCGGCUCGUACUUCCCGCCCCCGGGGUCUCAUCAUGUUGUCCCCGAGACGGGCGAGGAGAUUGCCGACCUGCUCGUGGUCCUCAACAAGACCAAGUCGGCAUGGGAGACCUCGGAGGCCCAGACCCGGGCCAGUGGAAGACAAGCCGUGGGCGAGCUGCGCACCAUGAUAGGCGAGGGUACGCUCGGCCCCCAGGAUCAGUCCUUCAAGUCGGCCGGCCUGCCCAACAUCACCGAGGGCCGCCCGGAAGCCGUGGCCGCUGGCGAGGUUGAUCUGGAUCAGCUCGAGGAGGCCUACUCCCACAUCUCCCGGACCUUUGACAAGACCAACGGAGGCUUCUUGCACAUGCCUCGAGGGGCUCCUCCCAACUUUCUGUCGGGCAACUUCCCGCUGGAGCAGGUGGCGGAAGCCUACGACUUGAUCAAAAAUACCGCCAAGUUCAUCACACCUGCGAAGCUCUCGUUUCUGCUGCGAGCCUCCCAGUUUCCGGGCUUCGUCGUCGACAUCAUUGGUGGCGAUCUGAGUACCAGCUGUGUCGAUUUUGCGCUGGACACCCUUUACCACAUUGCCGACGGCGCCAUCCACGACCACCUAGGGGGUGGCUUUCAUCACUACUCGGUUACCUGGGACUGGUCGGUGCCUACUUUCGAAAAGAUGCUGUCGGACAAUGCGUUGGCUCUGGGUCUCUAUCUAGAUGCUUGGCUGCUUAAGGGCGCUCCUCGAGAUGGACUGCUUGCCAAGACUGUGCUCGAGCUGGCUGAUUACCUCACGUCGUCCCCAGUUUUGCUGGAAGGUGGCGGUUUUGCGACGAGUGAGGCAGCCGACUCCUGCAACAGAAGAGGAGAUAACACCCUUCGCCAUGGGGCGUACUACCUGUGGACGAGGAAGGAGUUCGAUACCGUUAUUGGCAACGAGCAAGAGAGCUCCGUGGCCGCAGCUUACUGGAGCGUCAAGGAACACGGAAACAUUGCCAACGACCAAGACCCUAACGACGAGUAUCUGAACCAAAAUGUUCUCCGGGUCGUCAAGAACACUGCCGAACUGGCUAGCCAGUUCAAGAUCUCAGAGUCAGAAGUUGUCAAGUUGGUUGACUCUGCCAAGCAAAAGCUGAUGACGCAUCGCGAGAAAGAGCGACCUCGACCAGCCCUAGAUACUAAAGUAAUCACAGCCUACAAUGCCAUGGCAAUUGGGUCGCUUGCUCGGACAUACGCGGCUUGCAGGUCCAUUGGGGGAAUUGGCAGGACGGAUGAGUAUCUGGCCGCUGCAGUCAAGACAGCCGCCCUUAUCAAGGACAAACUCUGGGACAAGGAGGCCAAGGUCUUAUACCGCGUGUACCACGGCGAUGGCCGUGGUGCGACCCAGGCCUUUGCAGAGGAUUAUGCAUUCCUUAUUGAUGGCUUAUUGGAGCUGUACGAAGUCACCGGGGAAGAAACCUGGCUUGAAUGGGCCGAUGAAUUACAAUCGAUUCAAAUCACCAAGUUCUACGAUCAUGCCUACUAUCCCAACGAUGGAAGCAAAGCAAGGAGCGGCGCUUUCUAUCGAACGGCCGAGGGCGAAGCCAACGUCCUCCUACGCGUCAAGGACGCCAUGGACUCGGUCCAGCCUUCUGAGAACGCUGUCUCAGCAGCGAAUCUGUUCCGCCUCGGGUCUCUGCUUGACGAUGAGCGCUACACCCAGCUCGCCGUGGAGACAGUAAAUGCGUUUGAGGCAGAGAUGUUACAAUACCCAUACCUCUUCCCUGGCCUACUGACAUCGGUGGUCGCCUGGAAGCUUGGCGUCCAGAGCUCAGUGGUAAUGGGCGGGAGCGAAGUCGAUGCCAAGAGCUACUUCCUGGCCCCCAGAGGUGGCCUACGCACGCUGCUUCACUACAAGCCCCAGAGCAUCCUGCGGAAAGGUGGCGACAAGCGGACGAAGCUCACAGAGCAGCUCAGCAAACUUUCGCCCGGGCUAUACUCCGUAGAGGACGAUGGCUUGAAGCUGACUCCGUAG